AUGGUACGUGGCGAUAAAGGUUUAGAUGAUGCAAUAGACUGGAGUUACGGGGUUAUAAUAGAUGCGGGCUCAACGGGAUCACGAUUGUUUCUUUACAAAUGGCAGACAGUAUCGGAUAAUCAUUUAAUUGACAUUCAUCCUGCGUUGGAUCACUCUAACAAGGCAGUUGUUAAAAAAGCCAGUCCUGGCUUAUCUUCGUUCGCUAACACUCCUCAAAAUGCUUCCGGAAAAUGGGAAGGAAUUUAUUCGUGGAUUGCGGUUAACUAUAUACUUGGAAGGUUUGACGUAAACGGCUCACAUGAAGUUCGUCAGCGAAGUGUUGGUAUGAUUGAUGUUGGUGGUGCGUCAUUACAAAUAGCAAUUGAAUUGAAUCAUGAAAACGAUAUGAACGACAAUUACAAUGUUGAAAAUGUUAAUUUGGGCUGUAGAGAUGACAGUGAAAUGUUCAGGUAUCGUUUAUUUGCAACAACUUUUCUUGGAUACGGAGUGAAUGAAGGUAUUCGCAAAUAUGAGCAGUUGUUAAGUGAUCGUUUAUUUGAAUCAUAUAAUGCUUCUCAUCAUCAAUAUGUUCGUGAUUCGUGUUUACCAAAGAAUCUUGUUAAAACUGUUUCUCGCAAAAAUGGUUCACAAUUUGUUAGAAAGGGUGUUGGAGAUUGGGAUAAUUGUUUGGAAGAAAUGAAUGGACUGCUUGAUGGUAGUAAGAGCAAAGAAUGCGCAACAUAUUUAACGUCGUCAACAAGCACUGCAACCACAGCAGUACCAUCAUGUUAUCUAGGCCAGGUUCGAUCGCCACACAUUGAUUUAUCGUCGAUGGAACUGUAUGGUUUUAGUGAAUUGUGGUUCACAACAAAUGAUAUCUUUUCAUUGGGUGGACAGUAUAACUUCGCUGACUUCGCCACUCAGUCUAGACUCUAUUGCAAUUCGCGUUGGUCAGCUAUACAGUUACGAAAGCGUCAAAAUCUUUAUCCCAAAGCAGAUGAAGAUCGACUUCGUUCACAAUGCUUUAAAUCAGCAUGGAUUGCGGCUAUACUUCAUAAAGGUUUCUCGUUGAGUAAAUUCAAAAAUCGUUUAAAGUCGGUUUUUGAUAUCAAUGGAGAGGAAGUACAGUGGACGUUGGGUGCGAUGCUCCACAAUAUGAGGUAUUUUCCAUUACGUGACAUGCAACGCCGUAACUGGUUGGAUAAAAGGCGUCACCUAACAACAACGAAUAAGUCCUCGAUUUAUGUAUUAUUGAUGAUAGCAUUGUGCAUUAUAUUGGGGAUUAUCUGGAAAAGUUUAGUUGGCUCUAAAAAUGGAUUGUUGCGAAGAGAGCCAUCGAUAUGGGGCUAUAUGAUGUUAUCACAAGAUCAGUCAUCACUCUAUCAGCCAUCAGCAUCAGCACUCUAUAAACUGCAAUCGUUUUCCUAG